AUGGUAAGCAUGAAAAUUGGCUAUGGUUUAGUUACGUUAAUGGUUUUGCCAUUUAUUUAUGCAUCUACUGUAGAUGGUAACCUAGAUAUUGCAGCUGGUGAACCGAAAGUAAGAGAUUAUAGAUUGGAAUUAACACAUGCAUAUGGUAACCCUGAUGGAAUUUAUAAGAGUAAUUUCCUAAUCAACGGCCAAUCACCAGGGCCAAUUAUUGAAGGUGACGAGGGGGAUUGGGUUAAUAUAACAGUUGUCAACUAUUUACCAGUAUCAAUAACAAUACAUUUUCAUGGCAUUUUGCAAAAGGGUACGCCAUGGUCCGAUGGUGUUCCUGGGAUAACUCAAUAUCCAAUACUAAGUGGUGAUUGUUAUUCAUAUCUUUUCCAAUUGAAAGAUCAGUACGGGUUUUAUUGGUAUCAUGCACAUUACCGGGGCUAUCUGACAGACGGACUAUACGGACCAAUUUAUAUUAAGCCUAAUAAAGCAAGAGAGAGGCCUUAUGAUUUAAUUGUUAAGAGCAAAGAGGAGUUAGAUCUAAUAGAAUCCUUAGAAAAAUCACCUUCAUAUAUAAUCGCGGACGAUUCCUUCAAGCUUCCAAUGGAUGACAUCAUGGCGAGAAUGUUCCAUUACGGCAUUGAUCCAUUGUGUAUCCUGAGUAUAUUGUUAAACGGUAAGGGUAGAAUAUACUGCCAUGAGUAUUCAACAUUCCACAGAUUGGGGUCAAAAUCUAAACUUGAUCGUGUGCCACAAUUCGAUUCCAUGGGCUGCAUUAGAAGCGAGAAGACAAACGGAUAUCAUGACUUCAAACUUGAUAAUUUUGGACUUGAAAGCCCUGGUUUCUCUAGGCGCUGUGAAUCAACUUCGAGAGACAACUAUGUCUAUUUUACAAACCAUUCUUCUUGGCAAUAUGUAAAUAUUUUAAAUGCUGGUGGACAGUAUACGAAAGCAUUUUCAAUUGAUGACCACGAAUUUUAUGUAAUUGCAGUUGAUGGCGUGUUUAUACGACCAAAACUUGUACAUCAACUACUUAUUCCAGUUGGAUCAAGGUAUACGGUUCUUUUAGAAACAAAUUCAAGCAAACAUAAGAACUCCAAGGACCCAUUUGCAAUGAGAUUCGCAGCAAUUAAAACACCCCAAUAUAUUGAGGCACUAGGAUAUUUGAUAUACGGUGAUAAUUCUACUCUUUCGUCUGUUGAGCUUCAGAACAUUCAACAACGAAACAAUAUCAAUAAUGGUAUCAAAUUUCAAGAUUUAGAUGGAAAACUAACCGAAGAUAAUUACGAUCUGGUUUGGCCUCAUGAAACUGGUCCCUUGAGUAAAGUCGAUCAACUUAAUGCGAGUAAAACAGGAGAUCAUACUUUCGAACUCUAUUUGAAUAGAACGGGGGUAGUUGAAUUCAGCAUGUUCAAAGAUGGAACCAAAUUACCUGCUGGAUUCGAGCUUUCGAAGCCUUUAUUGCAUAUGGAUUUCUCCGACGAGGAGAAUACAUUUGCGUCCUUUAACGGAUCUUUGACUGAUAAUAUUCAAGAAGGUGAUAUUGUCGAUAUUAUAAUCAAUAAUUUUAGGACUAUUGAUCACCCAAUACAUAUGCAUGGACAUUUAUUUCAUUUAAUUAGUUAUAGUGAGACAGAAAACUUUCCGUAUGCGACAGUUGAAGAAGCUGCCAAAAACAAUUAUACAAACUUGAAUUUUGAAAACCCACCAAUGUUUGACAUAGCCUACACUCCUGCUAAAGGUCAUUCAGUUAUUAGAAUAACUGCAAACAAUCCGGGAAUAUGGUUAAUCCACUGUCAUAAUUUAGGUCAUCUACUUGGUGGUAUGGGGGCCGUUUUGUUUGAAUCAAUCGCCAGUAUACCUAAAAUACCUCCGUUGUAUCUCAAACAAGUCCAUGUUGAAUACAAUAUGCAAUCCGAUUUGGGAAUUACAGAAUUGAAGAAUAAUACUCACGAUGGUUCACUUCAGUCUUAG